UUAAAAAACGGACAGAUGAAGUGUCAUCCACUGCCAAAAUAUCAAAAUAUUGCGAAAAAACUCGAAUUUUAAACGGUUGUGCUUACAUAAACCAUAUUUUAUUUAUUUCAGGCUUAUUUCGGUGUAUAUGCAAACGAUUCUGUGAAAAUGUGACAGCGAUUCCUGUAAUGAGUCAACAAAAUUUCCCCAGAAAAAAUGUGUUUUUUAAUUAACAGUAAACAACGUAUAAAGAUGAACGGAUUUAUUAUUAUGCUAGGACGAAGCUGAGAGGAAAAGAAAGGAAGAUGGUUCCGAUACCAGCUGAGUACCUUCCCGAUUUCUGGGAUCAGGUUUCAGCUGAAUGCAUGAUUGAAGUUACUUGUCUUUUACCAAAUGGGGUGGUAGUUUUACUCAACGUUAGCCACAAUGCCACCCUUGCUGAAAUCAAGGAGGACUUAUGGGAGGAAGCUGCAAAGUUUCCCCUGUUCGGAAAACUCCACGACAUGUCUGUAUACAUUUUUACCUACAUCAAUUCAAUGGCAGAGCGAGAGAAGCUAAAUGACGAAUCAAGAAGAUUAUGUGACAUAAGGCCUACCGGCGCCAUACUCGUAAUUACAGAAUGUCGUGGAGAAAAGGCGGACGAUACCAUUAACAUGUCCAUUGGUCAUUUAAUUGGAAAACGGUUACAAGAGUUCGAUGCAUUGAAUAGUUCAGAAAUAAAUGACUUUAGGUUCAAAAUGAGGCGGAUGGGGGACGAAUUGGCUCAGCAGCGUCAAAAACAAACUUGGGUCGAUCAGUUGAACUACCAGUUUCCUCCCAGGAUAUCUCGUCAGAGCUACAUACUCAUCGAAACUCUUAACGAAAAAAGGUAU